AUGGAGCUGGCUCAAAAACUCCUACAUAACCAACCACUGGAAAGUUACACUGCAUCCGUCUCCUUCGCCUAUUAUAACAACUCGUUGGCAUUGGAGACUGAUAAGCACGCGUUUUCAGUCGAGUUGAACAGUCUUCGUUCUAUUGGUGAAGAUGGCGUAUUAUCCCACCGUUCAUCACGACAAUCGGCCUUAACCGCUUCAUCUGCACAAAACAAUUUGUGUGUAUCCGCCUCUCCAGCUCACCCACCAGGAACUCCUCUUCACGCGAAGUUGCCGAAAAGCCUGGGUCUGAAGGAGAUCCAGGCCCUGCUUGGUUCAUUGCAUCCGGAAGUGGACUGGGCCGAGGUGUUCCAAGUGGAGGUGUUUAAUAAGGCGCCCGUGGAGGCGAACCACCAGGAAGUCCUAUCUGUGUGGUUGGAGGACGCCUUCAAAACGGGCAAACUUCACGCAGCCAAAGUGAUGGCAGCCCUGCAAGAGCGCGUCCGGAAUCCCCACAUUCGCAAGUUGCCCGCGGGAAUCGCGGCUCACCUGCCACCACCCAAUGAGACUCCCCCCACCCCACCGUCGACGCUGGUGCCUGAUCUGGACAGCAACGUCUUAAGCGACACCGACGACUGGUCCUCCACAACUUCGUUUGAGACAGACGAAAAAAGGUCUCAAGCAGAUGAAGUAAUCAGUGUGCAUGUUGAAUUACCCGCGGAUGAGAAACCAACAACUGAGGAAGGAGAAGAUAAUGCAUUCACAUUACUUACAAAUGGGUUGGCCGAUGAAAAGAAACGUGAAUCACAGAAAUCACAAGUGCUCAAUGUGGUUUCGAUAAGCGGCAGGAUGUUGAAAUUAAUCAUUGAUCGGCCAGAAUUUCAGUCUGCUCUUGCGCAGGAAACGACUGUACAGAAAGCGUUGUCGACCUCCCAACUGAAGUAG